CCCUCUCCUUUGUUUGAAACCGUAUGCAGGAGGGAGGGAGAGAGUGUGAGAAAUGGGAGAGAAAGUGUGAGAAAAAGAGAGAGAAGGUGUAGAGAGUGAUAUGAGAAAAUCAGCCCCACAGAUUUCAUUUCACCUGAUAAAAACCCUCACUUCUCCACUACAUUCUCGUUCUCAAUCUCCUUUUUAUUGUCUCAAUUUGGUUUUCAAUUUGAUUAUCAAAAAUGAGUCGUUUAGGGUUUAAAUCGGUGGUCUACCAUGGCGAUUGUUGUUUGGGUGAGUUAGACACAAUCCCUGUGAAGGACCAGAGUUUUCAAUUUCCGAAUAACGAGAUUCGAAUCCACCACACAUCUCCUCUCAGCGAACGAUGCCUUCCUCUCUCAAUCCUCCAAACAAUUUCCUCAAAUUCAGUCCGAUGCAAGCUCGAAUCCACAUCUCCAAUCGAACAGUCUCAAUUGAUCAAUCUUCACGCCUCUUGCUUUUACGAACUCAAGACUGCGGUGGUGUUGAUCGGAGACGAAGAGGUUCACUUGGUGGCAAUGCCGAGCAAGCAGAAGAAAUUUCCAUGUUUUUGGUGCUAUGCGGUUCCGUCCGGUUUGUAUAAUGCUUGUUUGGGGAUGUUGAAUUUACGGUGUCUUUCAAUUGUGUUUGAUCUGGAUGAAACUCUGAUUGUUGCCAAUACUAUGAAGUCGUUUGAGGAUCGAAUCGAGGCUUUGCGGAGUUGGAUUGCACGUGAAACAGAUCCAAUUCGUAUGUCAGGAAUGACCGCUGAGAUGAAACGAUAUGUCGAUGAUCGAGCUUUGUUGAAGCAGUUCACGGAGAGUGAUUAUGUUUUGGAUAAUGGGAAGAUGUUUAAGGUUCAAUUGGAGGGGGUUCCUCCAUUAUCAGAUGGUCACGAGAGGGUUCUUCGGCCUGUUAUACGAUUACCAGAAAGGAAUAUAGUCUUGACUCGCAUUAAUCCAGAGAUCCGUGACACUAGUGUGCUGGUUAGGUUAAGACCUGCUUGGGAGGAUUUGAGAAGUUAUUUAAUUGCAAAAGGGCGGAAAAGGUUUGAAGUUUACGUUUGUACCAUGGCCGAAAGAGAUUAUGCAUUAGAGAUGUGGAGGCUGCUAGACCCGGAGGCACACCUGAUAAGUUCAAAGCAAUUAAUGGACCGUGUUGUAUGUGUCAAAUCAGGUGCUCGGAAGUCCUUGCUCAGUGUCUUCCAAGAUGGCAAUUGCCAUCCAAAGAUGGCAAUGGUGAUCGAUGACCGCCUGAAGGUUUGGGAAGAUAAGGAUCAACCUCGAGUUCAUGUAGUACCUCCGUUUACUCCUUAUUAUGCUCCUCAGGCAGAGACAGCAAAUGCAGUUCCAGUCCUCUGUGUGGCAAGAAAUGUUGCAUGCAAUGUUAGAGGUUGCUUUUUCAAAGAGUUUGAUGAGAAUUUAUUAAGAAGAAUCUCUGAACUUUUCUAUGAAGAUGAGGUGGUAAAUUUACCUUCUGCACCUGACGUGAGCAACUACUUGAUGUCAGAGGAUGCUAGUUUUGUACCAAAUGGAAAUACAAAUGCCCCCAUGGCUGAGGGGAUGAAUGGUCCUGAAGUUGCCCAGAGAUUGAACCAAUUGGAUGAGAAGUAUGGAGCAGAUUUCGAGCUUAAAUCUGAGGUCUCCCAGCUACCUGUGGCAAGUGUUCCAAAUGUUUUUGGUCAAGCAUCUUUCAGGACAGUUGUACCUUCAGACAAGCCUAGUUUGCUUGGAGCUCCCUUUAGACGAGACAGCAGCUCUUCUGAAUCUGAUGAGGUGAAGAGAAGAUUCCUCGUUGUGAACCCUUCUCAAGACAUACGGUAUCAAAGUUUGGGUGAACCUCCUCUGCUGUCCAGAUUACCUGCACCACUACCAGUGAUCCCCAUACAACCACAGGGAGGCUGGCUAGUUGAAGAAGAUAUAAAUAGAGGGCAUUUCAAUAACCGAAAUUCAGGAACUGUUCAAGAGUCUGAUUUGUUAAAAAUUGAUAAGCAGCGAGCUCAUCAGAAUCCACCUUUUCAUGGCACAACUGGUUCAACUCCAGGAUUAUCAUCACAUAUAUCUGAAGUGAAGGGCGAAGAGGGGUAUCCAGGACGUGAAUUGCAGAGGCAGAAUACUCUUUCCGCAAAGCCAUCUGAGGUUGGUGUAUCUCAGAAUCAAUCAUCCUCAUAUGGCAGAGAACUUCAAACUGAAGGUGGAAAAAUGAGCUUGCUGCCAUCUUCUUUUUCUAUUGGAGUGCUGCAAGAAAUUGGAAGGAGAUGCAGCUCAAAGAUUGAGUUCAGGUCUGUCGUAAGCACUAGUAAAGAUUUGCAGUUUUCUGUUGAGGUCUUGUUCACUGGUGAGAAAAUUGGCGUUGGAAUGGGCAAGACGAGGAAGGAUGCUCAGCAACAGGCUGCUGAGAAUGCUCUUCGUUGCUUGGCUGAUAAAUACAUAUCAUAUAUUGCACCUCGUUCUGGAGCUGUGGACAGGGAUUUGAAUAAUCUCUCUCUUGAAAGUGAAAAUGGAUUUAUAUGGGAUAUAAUAAAUCCUGGAUCAGAUGAACCAUCAGUGGAAGAUGGGUUGUCCAAAGAAAGCACUUCUGAGGUUGCUGAAGGGGCACUUGGCAAUACUUCCUUCGAUGUGGGAAACCAACAAGUGCAGAAGCGGUCCAAUUCUCCCAGGUCGUCCCAGUCCAUUCCAAGUAAACGAUCAAAGGAAGAAUUAUUGCAUGGUUCACAAGGUGUAUCAUCCUCAUUGCAGCCGAAGAAUGGGCAUGCUGUUUCAUAGGAAGUAACAAGAUUAUUUAUCAUAAAAAAAAGAGAAAAUUACCUAAGAUUGGAAAAUGUGAAUUCAGCUAAACAUUUUGAGGUUAUAGGCUCUAACACCGGAGUUCCCAUACGCUCAGAGUAUCUUUCUCUUGGUAAAUUUGGAGUGUCCUGCCGAGGUGAAUAAUCUUUCCGUAAUUUAACCUGUUUUUGAAAAGCAGUCUAUUUUCCCUUGAUGCCCUUUGCUUUUUUGUUUUUGUUUUGUCCUGCUUAGGUUUUUUUAUUUUGAGGGUAUAAGGUGCCUUUGGAUCUUUUGUUUCUUCUUUGUUAGUAUCUUUCAUGUAGAAAUCACGGUAGAGAUGAUUAUGUUGACCUCCUUGCCCAUACAAGUUCAGUUUUGUUUUGGCUGGUUGUACUUCCCUAAUGGAAUAGAGAUAUGGUUUGUGUUUUAUAAAUGGCUUUGAUCUUGAUAUAGAAGGUUCAUCUAUGAUA